AUGGAAAAACUUAUUAUAUAUGCUAAGUCUACAACACACUCAAUUUUGUUAAAUUAUGAUCUUGAUAUAAAGAAGAAAUUAAUUGAUUUAUAAACUCAGAGAACUAAGUAAUUAUUACUUUAGAUACCUAUGAUCCUUAAAUAUGGAACCAAAUAAAAAGUUUGAAUUAUUAUUUUCCUCCAACGAUAUCAAUAACCCUUAUUCAAUUCUAAGCCAUAUAGUAAAAAACUACUUAUUUGUACAAACAAAGAUGCUUUAUAACAUAUUAAAUAUUGUGCUACUUUAACCCUCAUUCCAAAAUUAAAUGAAUUUCCAAUAGAUGAUGCUUAUCAAUCAUAUUUAAAUGGAUUAAGUUUACCUUCACAGGCAAAAAUCUUAAAGGGCUAUUAUAUGUUUUUAAUUGAUCGUAGUGGUUCUAUGGAUGGCACAAGAAUCCAAAAAGACAAGCAAUCACUGAUAUUAUUUUUAAAGAGCCUUCUAGAAGAUUGUACUUUUAAUAUAAUUUCAUUUGAUAGUGAUUUCGAAAAAAUGUUUGAUAUUGCACAAGCAUAUAAUGAACAAACCUUAAAUAAGGCAAUAAAAUUUGUUCAAGAAAUGGAUGGAACUGAUAUAUAUUAAGCAAAAGAUGAAGGUGUUUAUGAUGAAAAUUAUACAAAAAGCAAAAAUAAUCCAAAAACUCUCAAUAUUUUUUACUAACAGAUGGAGAGGAUUCUCCUGAAAAAAUCAUUAAUUUAGUGUCUAAAAAUCACAAGCCUGAAACACUAAAUUAAAAAAUAUUUUAAUUUUUUUUCCAAUGGUAACUAUAAGAGAAUAGGGAAAACUUAAAUAAAUAUUUUGAAUUAUUAAGCAUUGAAAGAGAUAGGAAAGUAUAAGAUAUUCAUUAAGAGUUUUAUGUCUACUUAAAGGAUUUUAUUAUUUUUUAUUGAUAAUAAAUAUACUAAAGUAAUUGAUAAUAAAUUCUACAAUACAGAGAGUAUUAGAUGCUAUAGAAAACAUAAUUUGAUCACCAUUUAAGUUAUGAGACUCUAAAGAUUCAUUUAAAUAUUCAUAAAAGUCCAAAUUAAUUUUAUUAAUGAUUUGAUUUUAUAGUGUCUCUUGCAAUUCUUUUAGUUGCUAUUUACUAUAUUUCUCAUGAAUUAAAGAUCAACAAGCUCUUUCUAAUUUCACCCUUUAAAAUACCAUUUUAUUAUAAUUCUUUUCUUCUUUCCAACAAUCACUUUCAUUUUAUGA